AUGGACGAUUUAGAUAUCUACUUAAAGGUAACAAUUCCCAUGAUCUUUAGCUCUGGCUACGAGGGUAGAAAUUACCAUUCAGGUACCGAAGCAGCUAACCGAAAGUUAUGUCGUCGCCACCAGCGCUUUCUUCAAGACUUGACCGUCCGUCAAGUCCAAGAUGUUAUAGGACCGGAAAAAAGGGCAUCAGUAGCGGUUGUAAUCCGCUUACGGCCUUCGUCUGUACCUUCCCCUCCAUAUUCGGGUGAUGACAGCGAAACGAGAUGUACGUUAUUACAUUGUAGGUCCUCAAGAAAGGAACCAUAUAGAAAAUGCCACGCUGGUGAUAUUCAAGACGUAUUCGAACAACAGUGGGUAGAGGGUUCAACAGCGGAGAUAUUAUUUAUAAAGAGAUCGUCACGGGCUGGGGAUCGCUGGGCUGGGCAUGUCGCCUUGCCCGGAGGUAGGAGGGAUAAGAGUGAUGAAGGGGACGAGGUUACGGCUGUUAGGGAGUGCAUGGAGGAAGUUGGGCUAGAUCUGACGUCUGAGGAUUGUUUACUUUGCGGUGCUUUACCGCAAAGGGUUGUUAUUACAAAUUGGGGGCAGAAACCGUUGAUGGUAUUAUGCCCUUAUGUGUUUCUGUGGACGAAGGAAGAAGUUCCUGAGUUCAAGCUAGAAGCUGCAGAGGUUGCAGCCGCGUUUUGGAUACCAAUACACUUUCUCCUUGACGAUAAACAUAAAACGGAGCACCCAGUUGAUGUAUCAGACAGAAUGGCAUCUAGCGCCUUCCAACCUCUGAGACCCUUCUUCAAAAUCCUGUUGGGCCCGAUGUAUUUCUCUGCAGUGCAACUUAAACCCUCCGAAGUUUCUCAUAGCGCCGCGUCAACCACAGCCCGAGGCGAUGCAAUUUCUACGGACAAAGGACAAGCGAUGGGAGAUCUAAUGUUAUGGGGGAUUACGUAUGCUAUUUUGGCAGAUAUGCUGGAUUUCCUGCCACCAUUCAACUUUGUGGAGUCAUUCCAGUAUCCAUCCUUUGGAGGUUGGGAUUUCAGAUCUUUGGUUUGGAUGCUAUCGCGUGGAUACCGACGAGGUCGUAAAGAAGAUUUGAUGGAGUACAAAUUUAGUGAUGUCAUCGGUAUGAGGACGGUCUCUGGGGUUCGAAGGCCCCAUGAUGCUCGCGGAGCGAGGAUAAGCAUUAUAGACCACUUGAUCAAGGGAUACUAUGGGUUCGUCCGACAGGCUGCAUAUGCAACAAUCACUUUCAGAAUAGCCGCAUUCGGUGCCAUUGUACAAUAUCUCAUCGGAACGAACUAA